AUGAAGUUGCUUUUAUCAAUUCUUAUAUUUGUUUCAUCAAUCUUGGCUCACAAUGUCCUCUUACAACCAUACGGCAAACAAUGCUUUUUCGAAAACUUGAAAGCAAAUGACGAAUUAGCCCUUUCAUUCCAAGUUGGAUCUCGUAACCCAUCAAACCCAGAGCAACACGUUGUUGACUUCUACAUUACUUCACCAAAGGGUAACACUCUUGUCAAACGUACAAAUAUUGCUCACGGUGACGAAUCAGUUAAGGCUGUGCAACUGGGCAAAUACCAAUAUUGUUUCUCCAAUGAACAUUCAGGAAGAUCAGAUAUUGAUGUAAGUUUUAACAUCCAUGGGGUUGUUUAUGUUGAUGCUAAUGACCCUAAGGCUGAUACGUUGGAUUAUGCUAUUCAAAGAUUAAGCGUUUUAACUGAUGAAGUUAAGGCUGAACAAGGGUAUUUGGUGAUUAGAGAAAGAACUCAUAGAAACACUGCUGAAUCUACCAAUUCUAGAGUUAAAUGGUGGUCGGUUUUCCAAAUUUUUGUUGUUGCUGCUAAUUCACUUUUUCAAAUUUAUUACUUGAGAAGAUUCUUUGAAGUGAAAUCUGUUGUAUGA